CAUCCACAUCCAGCUUCACCGUAAAUGCAAUUGUCAUUCUCUUCACUUCCCUUCUAACCUGUCAAUGACAGGCUUUCUCAACAUCUGUAAAGAGCUAAUCCGCAGUUUUGUCACGCCUACAACCACGACCAUUCCCCCCUCCUUCCCAUUCUCCUCCAUCUCGUCCUCUUCUCCUUCGCCCUCCCCACGGCUCCCCAUGGAUGUCAACAACCCCCAAAAGAAAAGAGGCCUCUUCGCUCAAUGCAGUUUUGCCAUUGUCCGCAACGCCAGCCUAACACAAGAUGAAGCCGAUUCGUUGGCCAGUGAAUUACGCCUUCACGACGCACUAGUGGUAGUCGAUAAUUAUCCUGAAAAUAAGCUCGAUAUUCGUGGCCUCACACACGUCAUCUCUACUUCAUUCGAUUUCCCUGAUUACGAGCAAUGCUGCGAUGCCAUGAUCCCCGUCGUCAAGCCUACCUGGGUCCAGCACUCUCUUGCUAGGGACAAAUUGAGUAACCCGCGUCAAUACAACCCAGAUCCUCGCCUAUUCAUGUCAGAUGUCGUUGCUUGUGCUUCUUCACUGCCCGAAGGGGAUGCUGACGCCAUAGCCGGGGGCGUGGUGGCAAUGGGAGGACUGUUCUCCGCGAGACUUACAAGUCAAACCACGCACAUUAUUGCCAUAGACAUUGAGGCCGAGAUAUGUGUCAUGGCCCAGAAGAAGAAGGUUGCAGCAAAGAUUGUUCUGCCGCAUUGGGUGGAUGACUGCCUGAAGCUGGGUCGGAAAAUUGACGAGCAACCUUACACCCUGCCAAACCCGGAAAUCCUGAGACCUCCAAUUGACAAACCUCCACUUGCACGGCGCAAGGCUGCGCAAAUCUCUGGUGCUACCAAUCCUGACCCUGAUCAUAAGCCUAGCUACAACGGCCCAACACGGAAGCUGGAAAAGGUUUUCAAGAAAAAAUCUGUCAUGCUCAGCACAGACUUGGGAAUUUCCAGCUAUCUGCGAGGCAUCUUGGAUGGUAUCGUAACGGUCAGUGGUGGAAAGCUCACCGAAUCAGUCGCAGACGCCGAUAUGUUUAUCUGCAAAUUCCGCGAAGGUGACGACUACAAGAUGGCUUCCAGGUUUGGCAAGGAUGUCGGCAACCUCGGUUGGCUCUACUAUCUCAUCACGACAGAUGAGUGGACUUCACCGCUUCGACGGUUGCUCCACUAUCCCGUGGCUAGGCAUGGACUUCCUGGCUUUCCCGGUCUCAAAAUCAGCCUUUCCAAUUACAGUGGAGAGGCAAGAACCUAUCUGGAGAACUUGAUCAUUGCAGCAGGUGCUGAGUGCACAAAGACGUUGAAGCAAGACAACACCCACUUGGUCACCGCACAUGUUGUGAGCGAAAAAUGUGCAGCUGCAAAGGAGUGGGGUAUCCAUAUCGUGAACCACUUGUGGAUCGAAGAGAGUUAUGCAAAAUGGAAGAUGCAAAGUAUUACUCAGAGUCGGUAUACGCAUUUCCCGCAUCGGACCAAUUUAGGCGAGAUUGUUGGUAGUACCCAGCUUGAUCGCAAGGUGAUUGAGGAGCAUUUCUUCCCCAGAGAAGACACUGACAUGGUCGAUACCACUCAUUCUGGGGCGACCAAGCAAGAAAUUCAAAAUGGAAAUAUAGCCAAUGGAGGCAAGAAGUCCAAGGCUCCAAACGAACAAAUCCGAACUCCUGGUGUAUCGAGAUUUAUCGCUACAGGAAAGGAAAACAUCACGCCCUCGACUACCAAUAGCCGGAAGUCAAAGGAGGUGGCAUCUGCCCGAUUACAUGAGAUGACGCCGGACAUACUCUUGUUUGAAAAGGAAAAGAAGCGUGUAGGUGGCGUUGUAUACGGUGGACGACGACAAAAGGACGAGGAUCGGGUCCCGGUCCAACACGGUCGCAAGAGAUCGAUUGACGAAGCAUCGGAAGAUGAGGCCACGGAUGUAACCGAGACAAAGAAGACGAAACGUGGCAACCCGCCGCCAGAAAUGCGGUUGCUGGUUUCGGGAUACAAGAAAUGGGUCAAUCGCGCCAAGGUUGAAGACAGUGACAAGAAACAACUCCGCAGUCUCGGCAUCCUCACAGUACAAGAUCCCAGCAAAGCCACCCAUCUUGCAGCACCUUCGAUUGUACGAACUCAAAAGUUUGUGACGGCCAUCGCUUUCGCGCCUGUGGUAGUGUCGACAGAUUUUAUCGAUGCGUGCCUGAAAGAAGAUGCACUUCUAGACCCAAAGAAAUUCCCGCUCAAGGAUAAACAGGCGGAAGCCUCGAUAGGUGGCAGUCUCGAAAAGGCCAUCGGGCGGGCCUCUAAAAAUAAACACCGACUCCUCGAAGGACAAAACAUUUAUGUGAUGGAAAGCAUCCGGGGCGGAUUCGAGACUUUCAAGGCCAUUGUCGAAGCUAAUGGGGGACGGUGCAUGCUGUGGCGGAACCGAAAGAACAUGACUGUCCCUUCGACUCGGGCAGACAGCGAGGAAAGCACAGACGGAGGUGCGAGCAGCGACCUGAUUUUGGUUGCAGACGCUGCCAACAACAACGUCCUGUGGGAUCGCUUCAAGCAAAUGGCGGAAAAGAGUCGCAGAACCCCAAGAAUUGUCACCGCGGAUUGGCUGCUGGAGACGGCGAUUUCUCAAACAUUGCGACCGCUCCAAGAUUAUGCGGUGUAAGUUGAGGUCCCUUGAGUGUUGCUUGGCUGUGUAUCUUGGAGCGGCUCGAUGAUCUGUUGGAGUAUGACCAUGACCAUGACGAAAGUCUCUUGACAGCAAUGUCGGUGUGCUAAUAUCAGAAGAACUUGAUACCUUGUUGGUCAUCUGUGCCAAAGAUCUGCGCCUUGCCUU